UUGUGACUUGUUCAAAAUUGUUUACAUUGAUCAAUACAAAUUAAUUAUUUAACGUUUUAAUGAUAAUUACUUAACUUAUUAAGUUCAUAAAAAAGUACAACUAAAAGUGAUUAAUAUGGAUCUCAAGCUGUGCCGCUUAUGUGGAGAAACAGUCGGAAACGUAAAUGUUUUUGAUACCGACCAAAAUGGUGUCUCGAUAUGUUCAAAAAUCAUGCAUUGCUGCUCCAAAAUCAAAAUAGAAAAUUAUGAUGGACUGCCUUCUGUUAUUUGCGUCUGCUGUGAACAAGAUUUGGCUACAGCUUACCGAUUUAUAUUGAAAUGCGAGGCCACUGAUAAGACUCUGCGGUCUCAAUAUUUGGAAUCCAAACACAACACUGUAUUGACUAAAAUAGAAAUAAAAUCUGAAGAUUAUGAAUUUAAUAAUAGUGAUCAUGACCUGUCUAUGAAUUACAACUCGUAUGAUGAAUUAGAUGUGCCUCUUGCAGUUGUAAGCAAAAGAAUAAAACUGGAAAAUACAAAAUCAUGUAAAAACAAAAGUAAAGGUUUUCCAAAACGUAAAAAGAAAAGAAAUAAACAGAAAGGCCCUGAGAACUGUUCCGUGUGUGGAAAGGAAUUCGCUAACCCUUCCACACUGUUAAUUCACAUGCGAUCUCAUACUAAUGAAAAGCCCUACCAAUGCAAAUUCUGUGAUAAAAGAUACAAAAACGCGGGUAGUCUAAAAAGACAUUCAGUCAGAAAUCACAUGAAAAUAAGAGCCAGGAGAUUUAUCUGUGAGAGUUGUGGCAAAGGGUUCUACACGAAGACGGAUAUAAUAAUCCAUUUGCGGACGCAUACAGGGGAAACUCCGUAUUCCUGCUCGGAGUGCCAGGCUGUGUUCACCCAGCUGAGCUCGUUGAUAAGGCAUAAAAAGAAUCAUCUAGGAGAAAAAACAGAAGCUUGUGAUGUAUGCUACAAAAAGUUCAUUACAAAAGACUCACUAAGAAGACACCGAAUGGUUCAUACUAGCAGUAAACAAUAUUCAUGUAAUAUUUGCCUAGGAAUAUUUAAGUAUAAACAAAACCUCACCAAACAUUACAAGGUCCACUCUGAACCGAAUAGUUUUGUAUGUAAUCAUUGUGGCCGUACGUUUAAUUCGAAAGGGAACCUUAAGACUCAUAUGGACAGACUACACUCUGAAAAGUCUGGUUACUGCAAUACAUGCUCUAAGAUUGUUUCAAACCUUGAGGUGCAUAUGUGGAAGCACACUGGAGAAAGGCCACUCAAGUGUGAACUUUGCACUAGAAGUUUUUGUGAAGUGAGAGCGCUUGCCCACCAUAUGAACUUUCGUCACAAUAAGACUGAUAAAUUCAAAUGCACAGUUGAAGGCUGUCUAUGUGGCUUUCCAUCCCGCCCAAUGCUCGAAUAUCACAUUGCCAAAGUACAUGAAAGUUGCUUUAAAUAUCCAUGUGACAAGUGCUCCAGAGGUUUCUACAGAAAAAAUGAUUUGGUCAGGCACAAAAUAGGAACUCACAAGGAAAAGUUGAUGUAGUUAUGAUUACUUGUAUUUGUUUAAAGAAACAAUAAAAUUCCAAAAUAAAAAUGUACCUAUUACACUGGUCAACAGUGGUU